AUCGAACUCCCGGGCAUGCUGACUUCUGCUGUCACUGAGAACUUUGGGAAGCUCACCCUCCUGCGAUUCCUUAUUGCCGUCAUUGUCACGGGCGCCCAGGCCAAGAAGGCGGAGGACGCCGAACCCACGAAGCCCCCUGCCAAGGCCAUAGAGGUGCUGAGUGAUAGCGAGUCGUCCGGUGACGACGACGAUGAUGAUGGCCCCCCGACCUUUGAGUGGACCACAAUCAUCACAAAGUCUUUGGUUGCCUCCACUCCAAAGCCUGUGGAGGAGACGAAAACCUCGCUCCUCACUGCACCCAAGUCUCCCGAGGACGACGAUGCCUGGAUCGACAAGCUAGCAAAGAUGGACCUCACCAACGACAGUCCAAGCCCUCUGUUUGUCAUGAUCUUACCAGCCGAGGAAGAUGGAUGCUAUUUCGUGGUGGUUCGCCAGCGCUAUCUCCCUCUCGCGAUGAACGUGCUCGACAACCUGCCGUCCUUUCUUCAGUUUCACCUUGGCGAGUCGUCGUUCCCCAAUUUCAUCCGCGUCAUCAAGAACUGGUCAGCUACCGACCUUGCCUACCAGAAUCGCAAGCUUCACAUUGAAUGGGUCCCGUCGGAACUUCGCUCCCGCUGUAUUGACGACCCUACCGACGAACAAGGUGAUCAAGUCCGUGACCCAAUGGACUUCCUUCUCUGCAUGGAAGACCCCGUAGAGAUUCUCGAGGGCACCCUCCACAUCGACAUCCACGCCAAACAUGUUCGGGACGUGGACGAUGGCCUAUCCGUGAUUGGUUACCUUGACGACUGGAACGAAAACCAGGCCCAACUCCAGACCGCUCUUCAGACCAUUGAGACUAUCACUGACGAGAGGAACAGUUUGAACCGGGACCUACAGUCCGUUCGUGACAAAUUGGAGGCAAUGAAGGCCGCCCACGAGGCAGCUGCUGCUAUGUCAGAGUUGGCUACAGACGUUAGGCCCAUUCCUAUGCUUACAGUGGACGUUCCUACCGGUCCACCGGGCCAAACACGCAUCAGCACUACUACACUACUCAGUCCCUCGGCCCGUACCAUUGCUUCACCAGCGAUGGCUCAAGACACGGACGGAGAAGAUGGGGAGGACCAACCCAAUGCGUCCUCUCCUAUGGACACCGGUCGAGAUGGUUUUGGUGACAACCAUCUCGUGCGUGCACCGGGGUCCGCCCGACUCGCCUUCCAGAAUAUUAACACUAUUCCUGAUGCGUCGGACGACCCUAAACAAGCACAGCUGAACCACUGGAUUCGAAGCGAACGUGUGGACUUUUUACUUCUGGCUGAAUUGAAUAAAUUCUGGCCAGCAAUUACACCAACCAACCGAUGGCGUGAACGCGCCAGUACUAUGGCUCGGAAGGGCGAAGGUUCCCACUCGGCGGUGGCCUACAACACCCAUCAACCACGGACUGCCCAUUCGACCACCCAAUUUGGGGGCUGUUCUACUUCUGCCUUCAACGAAGUCUCCCAUCGAGUCCGGUCCAGUGGCGACGAUAGCUUGGGGCGAUGGGCUUGGAUCCGACUUCAUGGCCGAACACGAGGCGUUGGCCAGCGCGACUUGGUGGUCAUCUCUGCCUACCGACCAAACCCACCCAACGACGGGCAUCAAACCGUGUGGUUCCAACACAAGGCCCAUUUCAGCCGCACCCACCGCGACGCUGAACCCAGGGAAGCUUUCAUCAAGGACCUCUCGACGGCAAUCAACACCUGGCGCGACGACGGUUGUUCCAUCAUCUUGGGCAUCGAUGCCAACGAUGACUUGUCCUCCUACUCCCCGAAGUCUUUCCGUUUUCGGAUGAGCGAAGUGGGACUGAUCGAGGCGAUCCAGUCUAAGCACCCAGGGUCCCAUCAGGCCACUUACCAGCGAAACCUACGUGGGUAUCCGAUUGACGGUAUCUUUGCGACGCCUGACGUGCCCAUCUUGGCCGCCGGGUACUACCCUUUUGACGAACACGUUGCCUCCGAUCAUCGUGGCCUGUGGAUCGACUUUGACUUGCGCAGUCUCCUUGGCGGACACAAACCUACAAAAUCCACCCAUGUCCCACGCCGGCUGGUGAUGCAUAACAAACGGGUGGUUCAACGAUACGUCCAAUUGGCGGAGCAGGGUUACAUGCGGUACAAUAUUCCCGGCCGUCUUUCUACCCUGGGAUUCGACGUUGCCCGACAGCAGGGCGGCAUCACCAAAUCCCAAUCGGUCAGAUUCGAUCGGAUACACGCCGAUGCCUACACAGUUCGACGAUUGGCGGAGCAGAACUGCAGGAAGUUGUCGAUGGGUGGGGCGGAAUGGUCCCCGCAAGGCCAAUCCAUUCGGGAUCGGAUCACCUUGUGGCGGCUUCUCCUCAAGGGUCGACGUCGGUGCCGUGUGAGCUCCAGGAAGGUUCGCCGCCUGCUGCUCAAGACGAACGAACCCUUGGCCUGGAAGAUGACUACAGCUGAACUUGAGACUCACCUCACCCAAGACCUUGGUCGGUAUAGAGAAGCCAAAAGGGGCCUCACUUCUAAAUGGCGGAAGGCCCAUGUCACCACUCGCACCCAGAGCAUUGCUAAAGUCCGUCAUAAAACGGCAAGCCAACGAGAACGAUAUCACCGCUUGCGGUCCAUGAAGCAACGCGAGGAGACCCGUCGGAGACGCAAAGCUCGUUCCUCCGGUUUGUCUGGCGGUCUAAGGGCUAUUCAAGUCGAAAUGGAGGACAGCUCUGGCAAUUGUCGGUUACAGACCAUUACUGACCCGACGUCGGUCGAAGAUGGAUGCAUGCAAGAAAAUAGGGCCCGGUAUCAACAAACCCAGACCCCGCACUCCACUCCUCCCAUGUCUGAGCCUCUCUACACUAUGUUCACGGGCCCCGACGCCGACAACAACCAACAACUUCUUCUGGAGGGCAAACUCCCCAUCCCUGGUGGCCUUGCUUACCCUACCCAAGCCUUCCUUCGCCACUGUCGACUGCACGACAGUUAUCGGCCUCGUCCUUUCCCCUUGACGGUUGAAGAGCACGUGGACUUUUGGAGCCGCACUCCUGAGAACAAGGGUUCGGAGCCCCACGGCCUCCAUAAUGGCCACUUCAAGGCAGGCGCCCUUUCGGAACUGUUAGCUUCUUGUGAUACGGCGUUUCGGGACCUUCCACUCCGUUCAGGCCACGUUCCGGAACUCUGGAAGAACCUGAUGAACUUUGCGAUUGAGAAGAAGCCUGGCGACUUCCGCCCACAAGGGAUGCGGACCAUCCAGCUGUUCAACUCGGAGGCUCAGGCCAACUACAAGAAGGCGGGUCGGGCGGCAAUGAAGAAUGCUGAGGAGGAUGACAUCAUCCCUAAAGGACAGUGUGGGUCACGAAAGCAGCACCAGUCCAUUGAUCUUGCCCUUUCCAAACGAUUGAUCUGGGACUCGCUCAUCCUGGAACGACGGUCUUCCGGGUGGAUCUCGAACGACGCAAAGUCUUGCUUCGAUCGCAUCGUUCACUGGGUGGCGAAGACGGCCUUGCGGCGAUUCGGCCUGCCGGUCACUGUCACCAACCUAAUGUUCGAUAUCUUGGCAAAGGCGAAACACAGAGUCCGAACUGGCUUUGGCGACUCGGAUCGGACCUUUGGGCCCACUGGCAAUGUUCCCUUCCAGGGCUGCGGCCAAGGCAAUGGCGCAGGCCCAUGCAUCUGGGUGGCGAUCAGUGCAAUCCUCAUUGACGCCAUGGAGGCCGAGGGAUUUGGGUACAGGAGCAGCACUGCCCUCACCAACGAGGAGUUCUUCGCUUCGUGCUUCUGCUUUGUGGAUGUCAUGGAGUCCAACGACAACGUGGAGACGACUGGCGAAGACCUCCUCCCGUCGGUACAGUCGGCUUUGGACCUUUGGUCGGGUGGCAUCAGUGCCACUGGUGGAGCUAUCAACCCGGCGAAGUCCUUCUGGUGGCUGAUUGAUUUCAAAUGGCGGCCGUCCUCUGGCACAUGGGUGUUUCGAAGGAAGGCUGAAAUGCCUGGCGAACUGACCCUCCGAGACCCGACUGGGCCGUGGGCGACACUACGACGCCUCCAACCCGACGAAGCUGAACGGACCCUGGGCGUCAUGAUGGCCCCACUUGAGACCGGAACCGCACAACACCUUGCCCUGCGGGAGAAGGCCAAGAACUGGGCAGCCAAGUUCCGUCCCCAACAUCUACUUUGCUAUGACGUUCUUCCGUUGCUCAAGGCAACCGCCUUGAAAACCUUGGAGUACGUGAUGCCCCUUUCCACGCUGGGCCGCUCCGACUGGGUGUCCAUCAUGUCCCCGAUCCUCCAAGCGAGUUUGCACAAAGCCGGGGUUUGCCGUUCCUUUCCCCGCGUUGUGGUCUUCGCCCCUCUGAAGUACCAGGGAUUGGGUAUCCCGCAUCCUUACGCCCUUCAAGUCUUCCACCAUCUCAGUGUUCUGAUGCGCCAUUCGGCCAACCGCACCAAGACCGGCCAGUACCUAGAGGCCAACCUACAGUCCCACCAACUCGAAACGGGCACCUCCUUUCCCCUU